AUGCUUGAUAGUCGUUCUCUUGAUAUAAUAGCUGACUUCAAAAGCGCCAUUCUUUCAGAAGCAAUAGAUGAAAGUAAUCCUCCCAAUAUAACCUCACUGAAUAGAGGGCGAAAACUUGCUGUUCCUAGUCAAAAAAAUCUCACACUCUCAUCGAAGAUUGUUGAGUAUGACGGUUCCCCUCGUCUUGUUUUGACGAACGAGAACCUUGAAAGAUCGAAUCUUCAGAAUAAGCGUCGGUGGCUGAAUUUCUAUGGGCAGGACCGUAGCAGCCAAUCCGGUAUUGUGGAUUCUUACUCUGGCUCCGACGAAGAUGUCACCUCACAAAGCGAGGAUGACGAUCUGGAUAAAAAUCCAUUCAAACAAUUAAAAAUAGAUGAGUCGCUCGCACCUAUAAAUCAUCCGUCAGAAUUGGCCACCCAUCCAGCUGUAUCCAAAACAUACAAGCUGACAUGUUUGCCGAGAAUGGCUUCAGAUCUUAUACUCCUCAUUGAGACAGAGCAAACCACGCUCAAUCAUUUGAAUAAGCUUUUAAGAGUUUUGAAUGGAGAAGACUGGUACUACAUCCUUGAAGAGCACCUCGGUCUUCCUGAUUACGAUCAUGGCCUCGAUGACCAAAGUGCUCCACAACAACCUAAGAAAAGCGAUUAUUCAUCAUCCAAUACAGAUCAUAAAGGUUCAGUUGAGCUUCCCGACAAGGCCAACGUAUCUAGCAUGAUGAUUGGAGACGAGAGUGAACGUCUAAACGAAGACCCUUUUUUUUCACUACCUGAUAGUUUGGCGAGAUAUGAGACGCUCCAGAAACGUCAACUUGAUGAAUCUACUGCUAAUUCAGAUGAACUUGAAACCCUUCAACAAGACCUCAUAAAUUACUUGCAAUUGAGCAUCCAGCGGCAGCAAGAAUACAUCAACAAUUUGACCUCAAUCAGAAAUGGGAUAGUUAAAGUCGAUAGAUAUAGAUACGAUUUAUAUCGCUGGGGCAAAGAGAUGGGAGAAAGGAAGAAUUAG